ACAAGAUUAUCCAUCUGUGAGAUUUACAGUUUCAAAAUGCAAAACAUUUGCUGGAAUGAAUAUAGAAGAUCGUUUUGAAGGAGUUAAAGUUAAAAUUGGACAAAGAGUGGUUAGAGGAAAAGACUGGAAGUAUGAUGACGCAGAUGGAGGGGAAGGAAAUAUUGGAACUGUGAUGUUUGUUAACCAUGAGAAAGAAAUGGUUAUAGUUCAAUGGGAUUCUCAAGAAAAACGGUCAAACUACCGGAUAGGAAAAGAUAAAAAAUUUGAUUUGAGACUGUUUGACAACGCUCAGACAGGUGCAAAACACCGAAAUUAUACAUGUGACGAAUGUUAUACAUCACCAAUAUAUGGAAUGAAAUGGAAAUGUCGACAGUGCGAAAACUUUGAUCUUUGUUCCGACUGCUACAUGAGUAAUGAGGAUGAUUUGUCUCAUGUAUUUGAACGGAAACUGGAAGAAGAUUCCAUAAGUGUUGAGCUUGGUCCGCGAAAAUAUUUGCAACCUGUUGAAGCUCGUGGAAUUUUGCCCUGUGCAGACGUAAAGCUACGAGAUUACACAACGAAAGAAGAGACAGUGGUAGUGAAAGAGGAGGUCCUCGAGUACUUCUUUGAUAAACUUAAUGAAAAGUUCAGAUAA